UCUGGAACUUAAACCAGUGAGGAUCCAGUAACUACAAUAAAAAUACUCUUCAAUGAGCAAUAACAUAAGUUCUAAUAAAAAAUACUUGAGCAUUUGAAACUCCGGCAAAAUAACAGAUAUUUCAGCUCAGAAUAAAAUCGAAUCUUUUUAAGAAAUCACAUGCAACAAUAAAAUGUAUCAAAAAUCAAAAAGAAAUGGAAAAUCAAAAAAAUCAAAUGCAGUGCCGUCAACACCCUCAAAUGUACCGCAAUCUGAAGCACUUUUAGAAUCGAUAUCUGAAAGUUCAGACUCUUCUGAUAGGUAUGAGUCUCCUCCAAGUCUGCAAGAAUUUCAAACAUCGGCUUCUAUAAUAAAUAGAUACAACAAAGGUCAGAGAGAUAUUGAACAAAUUAAUAUUAUGCAAGCAGAACAAGGUAGAAAGUUGAAGAAUUAUACAUCAAUCUCGAUAGCCAUAGGAUCUAUUUUGAUUAUUGCACUCUUAACUAUUCUUCUCUUCUUAAUUGUCGUCAUGAGUAAAACAAACAGAGAAUUUAAUAAAAUUGAUGAAGAAUUAGAAUACCUCCAUGAAAAGGUUCAGGACAUGACCUGUUCAAAUGUUCUUGACAACUUUAAAUUCGAUUGUCAUCCAGAAGACGGGGCAACUCAACUUUCUUGUCUCGGACGAAACUGUUGCUGGAAUCCAACUGUUGACCUAAAACAUUUGCCUCAAGGGCAAGAUCUUGACGUACCAUCUUGCUAUUAUCGUAGUGAUUGGCAACCAUAUAAAUACCAAAAUGAUAUAAAUAAAUCUGGAUCUGAUUACACUGCGUAUUUAAAACUGGACGAAGAAUCACAUUAUUCUAAAAAUUUGAAACUCGUAAAAAUUAAAUCUACUAGUCUCGACGAUUCAACGCUACGUGUAAAGUUGUACGAUCCAGUACAAGGUCGAUAUGAACCGCCCUGGCCAAAAACUAAUAUAAAAGAAGAAACAACAUUCAGGGGGGAAAAAUUAUAUUCACUAGAACUUGAUAAGUCUACCCCUGGUUUCACAGUAAAGAGAAGAUCUGAUUCAACGACUAUUUUCCAAUCCAAUGGAGUUGGAGUUUUUAUUUUUGCGGAUCAGUUUUUGGAGAUGAGUUCUAUAUUAGCCUCUCACAAUAUUUAUGGACUAGGAGAACACAAAACUUCGCUAAAAUUAAAUACUAAUUGGAAAAGAUUUACAUUUUUCAAUUCGGGCGAACUUCCAAAAGAACAGGCCAAUCUUUAUGGAUCACAUCCGUUUUACCUAGUUAUCGAAAAAUCUGGAAACUGCCACGGAGUUCUUCUUCUGAAUAGCAACGCAAUGGAGGUAAUUUUAAACCCUUUACCUGCAAUCACCUUCAGAAGUAUCGGUGGAAUCUUUGAUUUUUAUUUCUUCAUGGGCCCAACGCCAGAAGACGUUUUGAAGCAGUACUCAAAAAUUGUGGGAAAGCCUUUCCUCCCACCUUAUUGGUCUCUAGGUUUUCACUUGUCUAGAUUUAAUUACGGCAGUUUGGAAAAAACAAGGGAAACUUGGAACAGGACGAGAGAAGCCAAAAUUCCUUUUGAUACUCAAUGGAAUGAUUUAGAUUACAUGGACAGAAAUAAUGUAUUUACUUACGAUAAAGUUAAAUACAAAGAUCUGCCUCAAUUCGUGAAACAACUUCAAACUAACGGAAUGCACUAUAUUCUACGAAUUGAUGCUGGAAUUUCUGGAAGUUCUGAAAACAAUUCUUAUAUGCCUUAUGUCGAAGGUUUAAAUCAAUCCAUUUUUAUAAAAAAUUAUUCGAACGUCAAUCCAUUUAGAGGAAAAGUUUGGAAUCUUGAGUCUACAGUAUGGCCUGAUUUUACUCAUACUCAAGCCCCAAGUUAUUACUCAAAGAUGCUGGAGAAUUUGCACAAAAAUAUUUCAUUCGAUGGAGUUUGGCUCGAAAUGAAUCAACCCUACAAUUUUGCUUCGGAUAGUUGUUCUGAAAAUAAUAAUAAUUUGGAUAACCCCGAUUUUUUGCCUCAUAUUAUUGGGAAAUCUCUUUCAACAAAAACGUUGUGCAUGAGUGCUAAGCAUCAUCUUGGAAAUCAUUUUAAUCUUCAUAAUACUUACGGAACAAGUCAAGCUGCUGUCACUUACGAGGCAUUGAAAAUUUUACGGAAUCGAAGACCAUUUAUUGUUUCACGGUCAACGUGGGUUGGUCAUGGAUCUUUCGCAGGACAUUGGACUGGAGAUAUUGCUUCUUCAUGGGAGGAUAUGAAAGCGAGUAUUCCCCAUAUUCUCUCGUUCAGUUUCUUUCAAAUUCCAAUGGUUGGCGCCGACAUUUGUGGAUUUCGUGGUAGUACCACCAAAAAUUUAUGCAAUCGGUGGAGUCAACUCGGUGCAUUCUAUCCUUUUGCAAGAAACCACAAUUCAAAUGAUACAAUUGAACAAGAUCCUGUCGCCCUGGGAGAAUUAGUUACAAGAUCAUCUCGAGAGUCUUUGAAAAUUCGAUACCGAUUGUUACCUUACUUAUAUACUCUCUUUUACCGUGCUCAUAAAUAUGGAGAGACAGUAGCACGUCCUUUAUUCUUCGAAUUUAUACACGACGAAAAGACUUACGGCAUUGAUACCCAAUUUCUUUGGGGUAGUUCUUUGAUGAUCGUUCCAGUUCUAGAAGAAGAUGCUCAAAGUGUGAAAGCAUAUAUUCCUGAGGGAAAGUGGUACAAUUAUCACACAAACGAAUCCAUCAUUUCCUCCGGAGAAAUGAUGACUCUUGAUGCACCUUUAGACGUAAUUCCUUUAUUGAUACGUGCUGGUUCGAUUUUGCCAGAACAAGAACCAGGAUUCACGACAACUGAGAGUCGAAAAAAUAAAUUUGGAUUAUUGGUUGCUUUGAACGAUGAAAAUGAGGCUUAUGGAGAAUUAUUUUGGGACGAUGGUGAUUCCACUGAUUCCCUUGAAAAAGGAAAUUACAUAAUGAUCAAUUUCGUGGCUAAAAAUGGGACUUUGAGUAACUCAGUUGUGAAAGAUAGUACAGGAAUGAAGGGUUCUUUGGCGAAUGAUGAUAGUACAACUCUGGGAUAUUUAAAAAUUAUGGGAGCCAGAGAUCCUGUGAAUGCUGUAUUUUUCAAUAAUUUGAAACUCGAUAGCAAUCAGUUUAAUUAUGAUGAAAAGCAAAGUUACUUGGUUAUUCAUAAUUUAGAACUAGAUAUGGAAGGCAAAUUCAGUUUGUCAUGGACAUUUAUGAAUGCAAAUAAUGCAAUGAAAUUUUUAGAAUCUAAGUUACUACUUAUAUUGCUUUCGAUUUUCGGUAUUAUGUUUUAGAAUUCCGACUAUUUUGUUAUUAAGAAACUCUUGUCUCGCUGAAGAAAAUAUUUUAUUCAUGAAUUACUUUUUGACGCAAAUUCCAAAUUUCUGAGGAGAGAUUGCAACGUAUUAUUUCUGUUAAUUAUUUUUAUUAUUUUCUUUCGUGCUUUUCCGAGAGUAAUAUAAGUGCCAAGGUUUAUUUAAAAACCUAGAAUUAAUAUAUGUUUUUGUAUGACUGUAAUUUUUUAUAAGUAA